AUGAGAGAAGGACAAAGGCUUAAUCAGUCAUUUUCUUAUAGUCGAUCAAGUCCUGAUAAGAAGGGUUCAAGACACAAUAAAAUAGUUUCGGAUUCUUAUCGAAAGUUUCUUGCUACUUAUUAAUAGUUAUCUAUGUUAGGCAGUUAAUAUAAAUAUUCACAUAGUACUCUUAUGCCUUACAUUUACUUCUUUAAAUACAUGGCUAAGAGAUAUGAUGAGACAAAUCAAAAAUGCAAAUUGAAAAUGUGGAUUCCAGAUACCAUUAUAUUAAAUGAUCUAGAUUUAAGUGCAAUAUGGUUAUACAGUAGUGUAGAUGGUUACGUUUAUAGAACUGAUUCAUUUGCUAGUAGAAAUGCAGCAUAAAAAUUUACAGAAGGAAGCAAUGAUCCAAAUGAAUUGAUUGCAGUUGUAAAGAAACCGCACUACAAAGAUAUGGAAUUAAUUGGAAAUGACACAAAACCAAUUUUAUAGAAGGAUGUUCAACUGAUAUUUUCAAAUGCCAUGAGCGUAAAGUAAGAAAUCACUUGUUUAUAAAAAUAUAUUAAAUGCCAAGGUCCUAUGGCAUACAUCUGUAGAACCAUUUGGAGGAAAAAUGGAUAAACUACAGCUUGGGUUAUAACCAACAAACUCACAUUUCAAGAUGAAGGGGAGUAUGCCUAAAGAUGUCUAGCAAGUGCCAGCAAAUAUAAAUAAGCCAAUAUAAUUCAGUGCAAGGGCGGUCGUUUCAUAGAAGAGACCGUCCCUUACAUUUAAAAUCUGUUACUCUAUUGCAGAUAGAGUAUGAAUGUGGAGUUUGAUGAACUCGGCUGUGAUUUUACAAAGGGAUUAGAUAACAAAUGGUAUUUACUUAAUGUAAGAGGAUUCAAACUGAUGAAUCCUUCUCAUUAAAUCUUUACUAGACAUAUUACUCACGAUGAAUAAAUACCUGCAGAUUUUGAGAGAAAGCAAGCUUCUCACUCCAAUCAAUAAUGGAAUUUUACCAAGACAUAGGUUUGCAAGUUUUGUGAAUUGAUAUACCCAGCCAAAGAAUUAACUCAUUAAUUAACUUUAAAAAUGUUAAUCGAGUGUGAUUUGCAUUUGUUAAGUAGAAAUAUUGAAUUAAAACACUUAUAAAUUAGAAAUAGAAUAAACUUUACUCAUCUUGACAGUGCUAUGUUAUUUCAUAAAUAUUAUGUUUGUGACAGUUGCUACUAAUUAUUUAUGGCAUGUGAUGAAUUAAUAUAACUGGAGUUCAAGAUGGCAUAGAAAUUAGGAAUUGAUGUGUAUGAGAAAAACAACAUUAUUUCACUUACUUAAUAGGACUAUCGUGUUAAAGGACCCAAUGUUAUUCAGAGAUAGGCUAACACUAUAUAUGGAAAUGGGGAAUAUUUUAUCAAACCUCAUGAUUGGGAGAUGUUAAAUGAAGUAUAAAUAAAAUUAAUGCCAAAUCUGCCUGAAAUUAAUUAUGGAACCAUUCCUAAGAUGAAAAGAUUUAGAAUAAUGGUCUACAUCAAGUCAGUGUCUCAGAUUCCAAUUGAAGCCUAAUUUAAUUAAUCUAAGUAUUACAUUUAUUACAGCUUUCUCAAUUAAGAAAUUAAAUUUUAAUUAGACAUGAAAAAGAGCAUCGAUCACCAAAAGGAUGUAUUAAAUGUUGACCAUGCUAAAUUGUUUUAUCUUUUUGCAGCCGAUAGACAAGACAUUAAUUGCAUUUUAUCACAUUUGAAAAUUGGUCUAUUAUGCAAUCAAGAGAUCAUAGGAGAAUUGGAAUGUGAGUUAGGGGAUUUCAAAAGCUCUUAGGUUACAAUUAAAGAAUAUUUAAAAUAUUUUUCAGGAAUCCAAAUUAAAUAAAUUUUAUCAUGGUCAACUGAUUUGAGCAUUGGAUUAGUUGAAAGCUAAUAAGGAAGCAUAAAUGUAGAAAGAAUUAAACUAUAAAAAUAUGGAAUAAUCUAUUUGCCAAAUAUUGAUUAUUAUUGUAGUGAACCAUUACCUUAAGAAUGGAUGAAUUAAUUUGAAAAAAGGAGAAAGAAUAACAUUAAUCAUAUUGGUAAUAAUAGUACAAGUUUUGCAAUAUCCGAUGUUUCCAACAUCUUAGAUCAUUCAAGAGCCCAAUAAACCAAAUAUCCAUCAAGAAAAAGUUGCACUGCAGCAACUACUGUCCCAAACAAAUUAGAUUAAUCUUCAGUUUUAUAUUCUGAACUCUUAGAAUAUUAAAAAGACACAGAGAAAAUACUUAAUUUUGAUUAUUGA